CGAGCGCGUCGUGGCUGAUAACUCCGAGUUGUGCGGAGAGUGCUUCUAUUGUCGUCGCGGGGAGGAGCUGUUCUGUGAACACUUUGAGGCUCAUGGUGUAACCAUGAACGGCGGAUUUGCCGAGUACUGCGCCUAUCCUGCCGGUCGUGUGUUCAAGAUCAAAAACCUCUCCGACGUCGAUGCCACGCUUCUGGAGCCUGCCUCGUGUGCUGCCCACGGUUUGGAUAAGAUUGCUCCCAAGAUGGGUUCCUCGGUGUUGCUGUUCGGCGCUGGACCGACGGGUUUGAUCCUCGCACAACUCCUCCGUCUAAACGGCGGCUGCCGCGUUGUAGUCUGUGCCCCCGAAGGUCUGAAACUGGACCUGGCCAAGUCUCUGGACGCCGGCGACGAAUACAUCGCUCUGUCUCGGAAGGACCCGAGCGCACAGUUCGAGCAGCUCAAGAAGGAUAACCCGUACGGCUUCGAUAUCGUGGUCGAGGCGACCGGCAGCGUGAAGAUCCUCGAGGACUCGAUCAACUAUGUUCGUCGGGGAGGCAAGCUCGUUGUUUACGGCGUUUACUCCAACAAGGACCGUGUGUCUUGGCCCCCGAGCAAGAUCUUCGGCGACGAGAUCAACAUCCUGGGCAGUUUCUCGGAGACGUACAAGUUCCCCGCUGCCAUUGACUACCUGGACUCGGGUAAGGUUAAAGUCAAGGGCAUCGUGAACAAGGUGUACAACAUCCACCAGUGGGAGGAAUGUCUGGAAGCGAUGAAGAACAAGACGGCGAUCAAGGCGGCGAUUACCUUCGAUUAAUUGGUUUGCUUUGGAAUACGAGAUGAAAGAAUGGAUAUAUAUACACACCCAUACUAUAUAGG